CCAUUAAAACUCAAAACGACGCUUAAAUUUCUUCUCAGUUCUCCCCGGAGUCGCUGCUGCGAAUCUGUUUCAUCUCGAGUUUUGGAUAUCAGGAUUGUAGAUUGAAGAUGCUUCAGUGUAUAUUUUUCCUUUCGGACACCGGGGAGGUCAUGCUCGAGAAGCAGAUGGCCGGGCACCGCGUGGAUCGCUCCAUUUGCGCUUGGUUCUGGGAUUACGUCCUCUCCCAAGGCGGCGAUCCCUCGAUGAUUCUGCCCGUGAUUGCAUCUCCAACACAUUACCUCUUUCAACUCUUUCGAGAUGGGAUCAUCUUUUUGGCGUGUACUCAGGUCGAAAUGCCUCCACUAAUGGGUAUCGAGUUCCUUUGCCGAGUGGCAGAUGUUUUGACUGAUUAUCUAGGAGGAUUAAAUGAGGAUGUGAUUAAGGAUAAUUUUGUAAUUGUUUAUGAGAUUCUGGAUGAAAUGAUGGAUAAUGGUAUUCCUCUAACGACAGAACCGAAUAUCCUGAGGGAGAUGAUAACCCCACCAAAUAUUGUUAGCAAAAUGUUGAGCAUUGUGACUGGUAAAAAUUCCAAUGUCAGCGCUAAUCUUCCUGAUGCUACAGCAUCUUGUAUCCCAUGGAGGAAAACUAACCCGAAGCACUCUAGUAAUGAAGUCUAUGUCAACCUUGUUGAGGAGAUGGAUGCAGUCUUUAACAGGGAUGGGAUUCUGGUGAAAUGUGAGAUAUACGGUGAAGUUCAAGUAAAUUCUCAUCUUCCAGGUCUUCCUGAUUUGACUUUGUCAUUUUCAAACCCUUCAAUCUUGUAUGACAUAAGAUUCCAUCCAUGUGUCCGUUUUCGCCCUUGGGAAUCAGAUCAAAUCCUUUCUUUUGUGCCGCCUGAUGGGGAAUUUAGGCUGAUGAGUUACAGAGUUAAAAAACUAAAGAACACGCCAAUCUAUGUGAAGCCGCAGUUGACUUCCGAUGCAGGAAAUUGCCGUGUUAAUGUUUUGGUAGGAAUACGCAACGAUCCUGGAAAAGCAAUUGAUUCUAUAACAGUGCAAUUUCAGCUGCCACUUUGUGUUGCAUCAGCAAACUUAACCCCAAAUCAUGGCACAGUGAACAUUCUAGCGGACAAGACUUGCUGCUGGUCAAUUGGACAAAUACCAAAAGACAAAUCCCCGUCUCUCUCAGGCAAUUUAGUUCUUGAGGUAGGUCUGGACAAAUUGCAUGUGUUCCCUGUUUUUAGAGUUGGCUUCAGGAUCAUGGGGGUUGCAUUCUCAGGCCUGCAAAUACACAAACUAGAUGUUAAAAAUACACCAAGUGAACCUUAUAAAGGCUUUCGAGCACUCACUCGAUCUGGAGAAUACGAAUAUAUAAUAAUGAUAUAUUUCAGGAUUUUGGGAUCAGAGUGCUAUGCUUCCUAUAACACACCUAAGGAAGUUAACUUCAACCUUUUUAUGGUUUAAUACUCUUCAGUUUACUCAAACAAAUCUUACAAUGGUAUGAUUUUUUUUGGCGACAGACUGCAAGCCACCACAUGCUCUUCUAUUCGCUACUUUUUCUCAAGGGCAACUACCAAGGUCACCUAACAUUGCUUUUGGUUUGGUUUUCAAACUUGUCUUGUAAGUCCACAACUCAUCUGAAAUUAUAGUCUCAAUUAUUUGA